AUCUGGGAAAAAGUAUCUCGUCAUUACUCGGAAUUUGGUAAAUCUACCGCAUCGAGAUUGAAAUAUUGGAAAAUGCGCUCAGUUUUCUUGUUAUUCGUCAAUACACGAUAUUCUUCGUGAAUCAUGCAACGAUAAUACGAACGCAAAUCACCGUUAAUUUUGCUCCGCAAUAUAAAUAACAUGGGAUUAUUCGGAUGAACGCGGAAUAUAAUGAAGAGAGGGCAAAAAAACUCGUCUCGUCUCAGCACCAAAGGACAUCACUACUCGUUCUGCCGCGCGCUCGCAAUUGCCGAGCAGCAGCGGCGGCGCACCGGCGAUUGUGAGCAGUUUGUUUUUAACAGCAGAGACCGCGCGCAUGCCGUUAGCACGGCAGUUCGUCUCUACCGUGCGGUGUUUUCUUCGCGCUGUCGUUUCUUAUGAGUUGACCGGCACUCGUGCAGUCAUCCCUCGAAUCUCUCUCGUGCCGGUUAAAGCGCCAAUCGCCAAAUAUUUCGACACAGUUCUCAUUGAAUCGAUGAAAAUUGAUAUUUUCCCCGCAAAGUUCGUUGCAUUAACUUCGAGUUCCGUUGCGUAAAAGCCGAAAGAAAAUUCCAAGGAAAAUCGUUGGAUCUCGGAUCUUCGAUGUUUCGCGUCUCUUUCCGUUGAUUUUGCCGCGCGUUGAAUCGUAGUCCCGAGGAUGAGUCGUGACGAAUGGAUGAACAAGUGUUUAACCUAGAAAAAGUGUGUUCGAGGAAUCCGUGAAAUAGCGACCCCGUUGUCGGGACUCGUCGAAAAACGAUGACGAACGGUUAGAAGAGACACGCAGACGAGUGGCGGUAAAAGUGAGAGAAAUUCGCCUUGGUGGUCGCCGAAGAUAAAACAUCGAUCGACAUUGAACGAACGAUGUAACGGUCGGCUUUGCAUCGAAGUAACAUUCGCGUGAUGAAAGACAAUAAGUGCGAAUGCUUCUCCGUGUUAAAUUAAUAGUCUCAACGAUAUUCAGAAAUAAGUGAAAAACACGAUAAUACCGAAGACAACAAUUAGCCGCAUACAUUAUGGAAACUUUCCUCUCCGUGUCCAACGCGUCGAGCGAAAAAGCAUCGAGUUGGUCGGACAUUGAUUAUGCAUCGUCAAACUUGAGCUCGAAUUACAUCGACCCGAACGAGUCGAGUGCGUUUUACGAGGAUUCUGCUUACAUUCAUUUGGGCUCGCGUCGCGAUGCUUUGUACGUUGUACUGCCAAUAACGAUUAUAUAUUUGUCCAUAUUUAUCACAGGGACGAUCGGGAAUGUGAGCACGUGUAUCGUAAUAGCGCGCAACAAGUCGAUGCACACAGCCACGAAUUAUUAUCUCUUCAGUCUCGCCGUAUCCGACUUGUUGCUUCUCAUAUCCGGUUUACCGGUCGAAGUGUACCUCGUUUGGUCCAAGUAUCCUUACAUAUUCGGCGAGCAUUUUUGUCGCUUGCGGGGAUUAGCCGCGGAAUGUUCGACGAACGCGAGUGUAUUGACCAUAACGGCCUUCACCGUGGAGCGUUACGUCGCAAUCUGUCAUCCAUUUUUAUCCCAUACAAUGUCCAAAUUGUCCCGGGCUAUAAGACUCAUUCUCGUCGUUUGGGUCGUCGCUCUCUCCUUCGCCACACCGCUCGCUCUCCAGUUCGGCAUCGUCGAUCGUCGCGACUUGAAUCCGGAUUACGUAAUGUGCGCUCUCAAAGUGACUCUCAUAAAACACUCCUUCGAAAUAUCGACUUUUCUCUUCUUCGUUGUACCCAUGAUUUUGAUAACCGUACUCUACGUUAUGAUCGGACUAAAGUUACGCAAAUCAAACAUGAUGAAACGCGACGACGGACAAAACCGCACUUUCGCACGAGCUUCCUCCUCCACCAGUGUCGCUGCUGCUAAUCCCUCGAGAAAAGACGAGAGAAAUUGUCGCCACCACACCGGAAGAUCGUCUCGAAGAGUUAUCAAAAUGCUGGUUGCAGUCGUCGUCGCUUUCUUUCUUUGCUGGGCUCCCUUUCACGUGCAACGGCUCAUCGCGAUUUACGGAACCGACGACGAUCUCAUUACGUCGAAAAACAAAUGGGUCGAGUUUUUGUAUCUCCUGUUUACGUACGUGUCCGGCGUGCUUUACUACGUUUCUGCAACUAUUAAUCCCAUUCUCUACAACAUUAUGUCGAACAAGUUCCGGGAAGCUUUCAUGGAAACGCUGGCACGGACUUGCGGACGAGGCGACUUUUCCGUUUCCCAGGAGCAGCGCUCGUACUCGAGCUUUUCUAGAUCCCAACAACAGCAACGCGGAGCAGCCGGUGUUUUUGGCUCGAGGAAUGUAACGGGUGGCAGCGCUUUGCCUCAAGAGAGCAGCGACUAUUCAGGGACUUCGAUCAGAGAAGAAAGUGGCUUGAGGAGGAGUGCUUCGGGCGUUGGGGAGUCGAGGCGGGUUCUGGAGCACACGAAUUCGACUCUUGAGGGCGGCCGACAACGCUCCUCGAAAGAGACCGAAGAGGAGCCUCCGGGAAGAGGCUCGUCGAGGAAAUUCGGCUCAAAUGCGGAGCCCCGGAACCGCGACGACUCCAGUUCGCAUCUGAUGGUUGGCACGUUCAAUCCGGACUCUUCGAAUCGAGCGAGACAAGAAACAAGCUUCAGAGAGGCUUCCGAAAGGUCACGACGAUGGCGUGGAAACAGCAGCAGGUCACGAAACAACGUCGUUGGAGCGAGAAACGAUCGAAAUAAUUCCAAAACGAACAAACGAUCCGGUGAUCAUCGCCGUCUCAAUUACGAGCCCGUUACCAUCGACACGAACGUUGUACGACGGAAAAAAUGGUGGCGCCUUUUCAAAUGGCUUCCCAGCGCCAAAGCCUUCGGUUUCGGCAACGAGAGAGCACGCUAUACCAGCCCGUCUCAUUCAAUCGUCAAUGACAUCGAGUGCAAUCGAGAAGCGUAUUCGAUGACAGCCUGCUACACGAGCAACGCCGAUGGAGAACGACCGGUGUGAUAAAAGGCCGAGCGAACUCGACAUUGCGAAAUCAGUGUCGAGUUUUCUUGUACCCACGUUUGAGCGUUACUAAAAAAACCUAUUUCCUCAGGUUCGCUAUCAAAAAGGACGAUCGUUUCAGAACGCUCCUUGUUUUUCAAUGCUCGAAUCUCUCAAAUUGAGAUAGUUCCGUAAAAUUAACGAGCGAACGAAAAAAACGAAGAUCGGAAGUACCGCGUUACGUUGUUCCUUUCUUAUUUUUGCUCACUCGCGAAAAGGUCUGAAAAUUGUAGAGUCACUGGGCAAGGACAAAAUUGGCUACCAAUUAUUUCGAGACGACAAUGUGCAAGUUUGAAAUUUUAUCUCGCUAAUCGGAAGGUCCGUCAUAUUCGUUGGGAAAGAUCAAUUUCACCGGAAUUAAAAAAAAAACAGCUUUAAAUAUGGACAUUUAUCAACGCGGAGAAAUUCCGAGGAAACAUUUUCGUCGUCGAGCAUAAUCACGAUCCCUUCCAUUCAAGGACGAAUGAACGUCUCGUCCACUCUCGAAAGUGGAUCGACUCGGUCGAGUGCAUGUCCGAACAUAAUAGACGACAAAACUUUGAGAACCGGACAAAAGAUCAGCGAAACUCGAACGACAGGAAAAAAAUCGGUUUAUGCACGUAAUUGCCAUGCGAAAAGACACGCGAGGCAUGGAACGUACGAUUUUUGUAGCUCUCGAAUGAUCUGCUAUGUCGUACGUAUACAAAGCCUGGUACGAGGAAGAGCCAAUUAUUUUCCGCGGUCUCGGAUUGACAACAACACUCAUUCUAGAGACUUCGUAUAUUAAUACUGAUGGGAAUGAAUGCGUGUAAAAUAAUCUGUAAUAGAAUGACUUGAUGGAAAAAAUUUCGAGAGAAUUCUCGACGACGAGAAAAUCCGUGAGGAGACUGGAAAAAAAUGUUUGAAUGCGUUCUAUUUUUCGUUCGAGUUUAAUAUUUAACGAACGAAACUCCUGAAAGAAGCAUUGAGAAAUGAUUAGAGGGAAGGAAAAAAGUUGACGAGUUUAUCGCGACCUAUUGACGGAAGUGUGCACAUUCGGGCAGACUAUUAUGGAGCGUUGAAACAAAAAAGAAGAGUUUAUUUUGACAAAUAUGGUGCAGUCGUAAAUCGAGUGUGAAUUUCUUGAAAAUGGAUAAACUCCGCAGCGAGCAUAAAAAACGAGCGUGAAAUGAUAAAUAUUUAAUGAGCAAGCAAUGCACUGCUCUUCGGACUCUUCUGUUUCUUUUUUUCCCUCGCACUCACUUCGCAAAAAAGUGUGGACACGUGUAGCGCGCUAGCGGCAAAUUCGUGAUUGGAUCAGUGCGGGUUUUUCAUUACGUACGAAUCCGUUGCGUCGACCUUUCUUCGUCAGACUAUUUGGAGAGAUGAAAAUAGUGAUUUUUUAAAAAUAACCUCGUCGUGGUCGAAUAUGUAGUUGGAAUAUUAUUUUUACUUGAGAUUUUGUAAGAAAAAACGAAUUUGCAUGUGUGCGAAAGAUGAAAUAUUUAGAACACACAAAAAAUAUUGAGAGAAAAACUUUCUCAAUCUUAUGACAAUUGUUGGACGAAAUUGUUUGAUUUGAUGUGGAAGGUUUCGUUUCCAUGGUGCAAAAAUCAGUGUAAACUACAUUUAUAAAUAUAAACUCGGUUUACUGUCUGUGCCAAAUAACGAUUUUUAAUGAUAUGAGCUGAAAAGCAAAUAAUGUUAGAUGAACAUACGUGUACUGCGUUCGUUGAGUCUUGAUGGAUGACUCCAGUGUGCAUUUUUUACGCCAAGACUGUUUAUUAGACAAAGUACCAACUACGAUGAAAAAAUCUAUAUUUGACAGUUACGAUCCGCUAAUUAUCUCAAGGAUACCACAUUAAUAUUGAAAUGCUGUGAUAUUAGUCGUUAAGGAACUGUACAGAAAAUCAUUGUAGCGCCCGACGAAUUUACGACUCGAAAGUUUAUUGAAAAAUAAUGAAUAAUUUAAAAUGUCAAGUGUAUUUUAUUCGUGUGAACGUUUAUGUAUAACUUACCAAUAUGGCAUAAAACGAAUGUGUAUAAAUAUGUACAAAGGUAGAAUUUAGUACAAAACGUAGUUCGAGAAUAUGCUCAAUAUACAUAAUAUAUUAGUUCGAUAUAAAAACGUUUGUUUAUUUCCAGAAGAUAUGCGAAGCCAGUAAAUUCAACGAUAAUUCAUUUCCAACGGUUUGCAUACACAGCUUUGUGAAUGUCAUCGUUUAUAAAUAAUAUUCUCGAUUAUAUUUGGAGUCAAAAGCA